GUGCUUGGAAGCAUGUGCGCCGACAAGCCACUCAUAGUACACACGGGGCGUGGAUAGCCCUGCUGAUAUUGCUCCUACCUCUUGCUCUGAGCCUUGUCGCCUUCGGCCUCUGCUCCACUGCCGCCGAAGCACUGGCCAUGAACAUGGGAGCAGUGAUCAAGUGCCCCCCACAUGUUCGGAUUCUGUUGCGAGUUAACUGGCCGAUCAGCACAGGCAGCAAUACUGGCAGCAUGGCAGUCUUCAUGCAGUGGAAGAGUCAAUCCUGUGAUGUAGGCAGGGCUCAAGCGGACACAGCGGCAGUGCAGGUGUGCCACAUGGUAGAACGGCUAGGAGAAAGUUCCUCAGGAGAGUACGUGGACAUGCUAAAUGGUGAGGAGGAGACUAUGGGCACCCUGGCGACCAACGACACAGCCAGGGCCAUGACCGGUGCUGAGGAUACCACGGAGGUGACAACUGCAGACGGCGCCGCCAACGAGCUGCACAGGCCGGACCGGGAGACUGCAGAUGCUGCUCCAGCUGGCGAAACAAGGACACCACAGCCGGCCAGAGUGAUCAGAGACAGACUGGGGCAGAUUGUGCGGGAGCCAGUCGGGCCUCCCCCAAUCAUCCUGGAGCAGGAGGCCUCAGAAGAAUGGGAAGAGUGGGAAGGUGAGCAAGGGGAUUCCUCCCCGGGCCAGGCGGAGGAUGAGAUGGUGGAGCCCCCAUCAAGGGCCUUGCCUGCAGAGCUGGACCCGACCUACCGGCAUUUCUCGCUGGCGGUGUCAAACGCGGUCUGCGAAGUUAUGCGGAGGCAUGGAAACUCCCAACAGGUAUUCCAUGUGCUGAGUGUGCCGCCAUUUGAUUGGCGGCACACUCGAGGCUUUAAGCUCAUGGCAGUCCCGUUGACCAACCAGAUGAUGCAGCAUCCCAACCUCCUCAAGUGCUCGGAUGGACCCCGCUUCCCACCGCCAAGAGCUGCUCCUUCGGAAAUGUCAGAAGCGGAGGCGGCCGAAGAUGAGGAGAUGGCAGCGCUACGAGCCGAGCUAGAGGAUGAGACCAUGAGCGGCACGGACCGAGGCGCCAGGAUGAGCUCCUCCACGGCCCCAACAUCUUCCAUGGCAUCCGGGACGGCUACCUCCACCACCACGGGACCGCAGAGACGACAGCCCUGGCCCUCACAGUAUGCACCACCAGUGCCCACGCCAGCUAGACCUCAGAGCACCAACUCAAGUGCUGAACCGUCCAGGCAGGAGGGGCAGUUAGGCGAAGUGACCCGUACUGACAAACCGAGGGUACAGCCCGACGACCUUCAUGAGCAGAUGGCCGGUGUCCUUACACAGCGUAUUGCAGUUAUGGCUCUUGUCUAUACAAGGACUAUCGAUGCCGACACAGGCUGGACGCCGCCUGGAGACCCACCAACCGAGAACAUCUACGUGACAGCCGCCACCUUGCCCAACCUCAUCAAUCAGCCAGCUCCGCAAGAGAUGGCUGCACAUGGUACAGAGGAAGACGACUACACCUACGACAGCUACAACAAGGCGAGAACCCUUCGGAUUGUGAGCUGGAAUGCAGGUGGACUGCACAGCUCCCGAUACAAUGAGCUGCUGGUUUGGCUUGUGGAGCAAGCAGACCAAGGCCAACCCGUCGACCUGCUAUUCAUACAAGAGUCGCACUGGCGUCAGGACAUGGAGUUUUCGGUGAAACCUGCAGAGGACAAAUCACUCCAGUAUCAUGUACUUCACUCAGCAGGGGAUGAGAAAGCAGGUCUCCUAUGCAUGAUUCGCACAGGAGUUGUCCCAGCAUCGCACAUCAGACACCAGGCACCACUGCCAGGGAGACUCAUGCACAUCAGACUAAUGCUACGCACUCCGGUUGACUUCCUGAAUACAUACCAGUUCGCAUGGAAUGUCAACAAGGCGGCAGCGGCUGGACUCACGACGAAAGCCAAGACGGAGUCCUUGCUGAAACAACGGCGACGAGUCUGGAAGCACAUGGAGUCGUGGUUGAGGACGAUUCCCAGAAGACAUGGAUGUCUAGUAGUAGGUGACCUGAACACGCCAGUGGCCAUGGAAGCACCUAUUACAGGACCGAGUGUGCUGGACUCCACAAAGGCCCAGCAGCAGGACCUGGAGGUCCUCAUGGAGCUUCUGCGAGCGAACUCUUGUGCAGUCCUAAACAGCUGGACUGGCACAGGUCUCAAACUACGGACAUUCAUCCCUCCUGGACCUGAUGGACACCAGCAGGGCUCCCAGAUAGACUACAUCAUUGCUCGAGGAGACAUGAACAAUACCCUCUCACGACGAGCUGCUCCAUUCGAGGCCCCCUUCGUGCCUUCAACAGGAUGCAGGCAUCUACCACUCCAGGCCAGAAUCUCGGUACCCAAGAAGCCGAGACCACCCAUGCAGGAUGGUCGCAAAAUUACCCCGCAGCAGGUCCGCCAGGCUGUCAGAGCGCCACCUCAAGCGAGGCAACUGCAGUUGCAUAUUCAGCUGGCCAUGGAGAGUGAGGGUAUGAACAUUAACCUGGAUGAGGUGAUGAUUCGGGCAUGGGAGAACCUGCAGAAACAACAGCAAGUGGCACAGGCUCCUGUGGCCAUCUUGAACCAACAGCGCAGCAUCAAGGAUAGCGUAAUGGUGAUGUGGAGGCUCCGGGCAUCCCUUCGACAAGCCAGAGAUGACCACCCUGGUGAGGUGGGGGCCCACGACGGUCCCAGCCUCAAAACACUGUGGGAUUCCUGGGCAAAAGCCGCGAAGCUGCAAGCCCUGACUCGACAACUACGAAAGGACUGCAGACACAAGAAGACGGUUCGAAUUCUGGAUGUGGUCCACUCAGAGAAUGUCUUUCAGGCGGCCAAAAGGUUCGCACCCAGACAACCUAGAAGUAGACUUCAGCUACGUUCACCGGAGGGACAACUUCAGUCCCAUGAGGCCGAGUUUGCACAGAUCAGGGCUUACUUCAAAGACUUGUUUGAGGGGCCAGAUCGGGAACCAUAUUGCCUGUUACAGCAGGUGGAGUUCACGGAGGCGGAAAUCAGCCUGGCACUCGGCAGACUCGCAGCGACCAAAGCCAUGCCCUCCACCAGUGCACCGGCAGCGCUCUGGAAGCUUAUGGGAGAUCAGGUGGUGCCGGACUCCAUGAUCACACUCAUCAUGAUGAUACAUCGGGAGGUCUCGUCUGGGGUGGAGAUGGAGGUCAUCUACAGGGCCAUCCGACACAUCUUGGCGGGCCUCAAGGAGCAGGGCCUGCAACUCAGCUUGGAGAAGACUGCCAUCAUCCUCGAGCUUCGAGGUCGCUACAUGAAGUUUGUAAUCAAUGGGGAGGCUGUCUAUGUGAAGCUACAGGACCAUCACGUGUACCUAGGCACCGUCCUACCUACGAUGCUACAUGGACUGGAUUGUCUGGGUUUGACGACCAUCGAGGGGAAGGUGACCAUCAUGGAGCAGAGCCAGGCCAUGGAGACGGACCAGCAACAGCUCGAGGCGGCAACGAAGGAGUUGGCGUUGCUACAAGCCCUUGUCCCCUCUGGACCAGGUCCAGUGACGCAGGUGCCGUCUCCAUCAGCGAGCCCGGGAAGUGCAUCUACGGCACCGACAGCCGAGCAAGGACGCACAGACCGCCGAAACGAGGACCACCAGCAGAAGUACCACAAGGAAAGCCAAAAAGGCGUGCAGGGCAAGGGCAAAGGGGCCAAGAACACUCCCAAGGCACCAUUCGCCAAUUCCUGGCGAACUCCAGCGAGGAACUACGCACAACAACAAGGGCAAUGGAAAGUGCCGGAAAACUACCCAUGGCGCGAGGACGAGCUGAUGGACAUGGAUCCGGUGCAGCUUCGCGCGACAGUCAGUAUGUUGACCCGCCUCGUCCUCCGCCACGACACCCAGCAUGCGAUAGCCAGGCAGGACUCGGCGUUCGUUCUGUUUGUCAGAACGGACGCCCCAGACAGUUUAGCGAAGAGCACCCACAAGAUAGCCCAGCAAUGGCACGACCUGAAAGCCAACUCGCCGGACAAGCUCCGCCACCCCAUGCGAACCAUCCUGUUCCAGCGUAUGAUCAAGGUGACAGCGGACAGGUUCGAGAAGAUGGUGGCUACCCCAUCUUCGAGGUCAACCGCGGUGGCGAUGGAGUGGAUGAGCACGGACGAGCAGAUGGUCCACGGGCUGAAGUGGGACGCGGAGGCUCGCAAGCAUGUCAAGGACGAGACGGUGGCACCACUACGAAUCCAGGAGGUUCCAUGCCACGAGGAAGCUCGCGGAGGAGUACUCCAGUCAGACACCAUCACGAUGAUGCUGGAGAUUGGACUUCGCACGGAGCAUGCUCAGUUGGUUUGGAAGCAUCUGAACAGGCUGGGCAAUCGGGGUAACUACUGCUAUGGCAACUCUGCUUUCCGGGGGCUCACGGCAGCUGCUAUGGCAAUGGAUGGUUUGCAACAAUUAUUUGAAGGGGGCAUGCUCAAGUUUGUUGAAAGACUGCUGAGCAACAAGGGGACCGUGCACCUCUGGGCUCAACCGUAUUGGGCCUCAUUGGUGUGCACAUGGGAGCUGCCGGAAAGGCAGCAUGAUGGGGCAGAGUUUAUCCUCUACCUCCUGCGGCGACUGCCCUUCACUGCGGGGAAAGCUAUGGCUACAUGGCAGGCCAGACAACAGCAGGCUGAAAACUGGGUGGUACUCGAUCAAGGCUGCUCGGCUCCACUUUUACUUCAGCCGCCAGCAUGGGCCUGCCAGAGUGAUGAUCAUAGCUUAUCGGUGCAAGAGCUGCUGCAUGCAUGGAGGGACCAGGAGGCCUUGCAUGCACUCGUCAUGCAAUCGCAGAUUUUGAUUUUGCAAGUGGGACGCUUUGGAUUCGAUCCAGUCUGUGAGAGAAUGUUGAAACAUCGGUUCAAGCUUGUUCCUGAUUUGAGGAUUGAAGUUCCUGUGUUUGGCCCCAACAUGUGUGUGCAGACUGCUCGAUAUCGAUUGUGUUCCGCCAUCAUACAUAUUGGUGAUAGUCCUGACAGUGGCCACUACUUCAAUACACUCCACGAUGCGGACGGUCGAGUUGUGCUGGCUGAUGAUAAUCAUCCUGCCAGGUUCGUGGAGGAAAGUCUGAGUAUCCAGUACUAUAGCGACAUUUACAUUCUGUUUUACAUACUGGAGCCACUGUAG